GGACUCUUUGACGUGGGUGAAACCUAUUUAGGCGAGCGCAGCUGAUGCAAGAUUGGGGACGGUGUGCUGAAAAGACCAACGUUUAUUGACCUUAUUUUGUUCACUUUUUAACGAAUUCAAUCUUUAACGUUCCACCAGCUCUUCUUGAGAUGGAAGGCGACGAAUUGGUUCCAUUAGACCUGACAAAGAAGAAAAAGAAAAAGAAGAAGACGCCCUUUGACCUUGAUGCAGCACUCAAUGAAGAUGGUGCAGCAGAUGGCCCCACUGUUACAGCUCCUGAACCGAAGGUUGAGGAACCACAGGAGCCUGCUCUGCCUGAGGAGGAUGUCUCACUUGAUCUUGAUUUUGGUGGGAUGAAAAAGAAGAAAAAGAAAAAAAAAGCAUUUGACAUGGAUGACAUUACAGAAUCUCUCCCUGAGGUUACUGUUGACAUCAGUAACCAAACAGGAGCAGAGGUUGAUGAGGUGAGUGCUGUACCGGAUGAGGAGUUCUCACUUGACUUCACCAACAAGAAGAAGAAGAAAAAGAAGAAGACAGAUCGUCAUGAUGACAUCGAAGAACAAGGAGGAGAUGAUAGUGACAACAAUGUGGAUGCCAUCAGCAACCAAACAGAGACAACUGGUGGAAAACCCUGGUCAGCAUGUGACAGAGACUAUACUUAUGAUGAGCUGCUGUGUCGAGUUUUUGAUAUCAUACGUGAAAAGAAUCCAGAGAUGAUUGCUGGAGACAAAAAGCGUUUUGUCAUGCGACCUCCACAAGUCCUACGAGUGGGCACUAGAAAGACAUCAUUUGCUAAUUUUGCAGACAUUUGUAGACUGUUGCAUCGACAGCCUAAGCAUGUUCUUGCAUUCCUUUUGGCUGAAUUAGGUACAAGUGGAUCUGUCGAUGGUAACAACCAGUUGUUAAUCCGAGGGAAGUACACACAGAAGCAAAUUGAGAACGUGCUCAGGAGAUAUAUUAAGGAAUAUGUAACCUGCCAUACUUGUAGGUCAAGGGACACCAUUCUGCAAAAGGACACGCGUCUGUUUUUCCUUCAGUGUGAGACCUGCGGCUCAAGAUGUUCAGUGGCUUCCAUCAAAACUGGUUUCCAGGCCGUCACAAGCAAACGAGCCGCCAUCCGAGCCAAAACUGCCUGAACCACAUUUUUUUUUCUGUUGUUUUUUGUUUUUGAUGUUCCCUUUGUCAUGGCUGUUUGGUUUCACACUGGAAGUGAGUAGAGAGGGGUUUUUCUCAUGCAGCUUUCAUGAUAUGAGGGGUCAUGGCAAGUCACAUCCAUUUUUCUGUCUUGACUGCGUUUUAGUUGGGAGCUCUAAAUGUGCAGUGGGUCAAAAAUGGACUGCUUACCCUUUGCAUAAGAACUGCAAGUUGUGGUGGAUCCUGAAUGUAGAAUAUUGUUUCUCAUUGUGACCAAGGUAUCGUGGAAUAGUGAAACAAAAUGAAGGGUAGUGCUGGAACUUCGGGAAGGGUGGGGGUAGGUAACUUGGUGGAGGCAAGUGAUAACAAAGGUAUAAAUUGUUAGCAUUGUAUGUCAAAGAAUAAUCUACAAGUUUCCUCCUAUCUUUAUGUGUUUUUUCCCUGAAUGUUUUGCGGGAUUUGGAAUGGCAGAUGGUAAUAUUUUCACCAACUAAAAAAUCAAACAUAUUGUUAGGUGUUUGGAUAUUUGGUAUUUAAACCUGGCAUUUGCUGUUUUGAGUGAGGAGUGACUGGUUAAGUGCGUGCAUGUAACAGAGGAGUGCACAGGCAGCUCCAGCAUACCUUAACAUAAAGAGUGGGUCAGCAGGUUAUUUUCAUUAAGCAGAAGGGAGAACACCCAGCCAUCCUUUCUCCGUUUUUGUAUGCCCGCCCAAUGAUCACUAGACACAGCUGAGAGUAAGUAUGCUUCUGGUUACAAGUUUUUGUGCAGAAGCUCGGCUCUGUAACUGACUUUCUUGUUUGGUGCCUGCGUGGCAUGGAGAUAGUGUACAUAGCCUUGUCAUCCACUUGUGACAUGCCUUUUGGCUAUGAAUAUUUAAAUGGGUAAGGUGGGCUAAAUCGUGUAGCUGGAAAUUGGGAAAAAUGUCAAAAUAAAAAAUUAUAUUUUACAAUGAAUGGAAAAUAAAAAGAGUUUUCUUUUGUUACUCAUAAGAAAUGGUAUGUGUCUAUUAAUGUGCACAUAGCACCUGAUUUAUUCUGCCAACAGUAAUUCUUUUUACUUAGAGGAUUGGAAGGUGGGAGAAAGCAUUUUAAGUCGAGUGAGUGAGAUAAUUGCAAGCCAUAUAGAAUUUGGAAGUUGAUGAACACUAAGAAUAUGACCCACAUUAAAUGACUUGUGACCUUUCAAAA